CAGCUAACCAUUUUCAUUAUUAGCUCUUUCGAUUUCGAACAGUUUCUUCAGUUUCUCGCACAGCGACAACGAAUUUUCCAAAAUGAUGAAGUUAGCGGUUUUCGCAUUCCUUUUUGGCGCUGCUGUCGCAUCAUUAGUACCAGUAGACGUCAUCCCUCAUUACAGUUAUCAUGGUCUAGCAGGAAGUGGUAUCAGCUCUCGCUAUUUCCGAAAAGCCCAACCCCUAGGUUAUGGAAUUGCUGGUUUAGGAUAUGGUUACAACACCUUAGGUGGCCUCAGCUACGGCUUAAAUAGUGUUGGUAGACUGGGAUAUGGCUACAACUCUCUUAAUGGACUUGGAUACGGAGUUAACAACCUUGGCGGUCUUGGAUAUGGCUACAACAACCUCGGUUAUGGAUACUCCGGUCUUGGACUCCGUAACUAUGGAUUAGGUGGAUUGGGAUAUGCAAAUUUUCUCCUUUAAAAAUGUUAUUUCUUAGGACGUUCUUCCCAGCUGAAUUUCGAUGACAGCUAAGAAGAUGGCUAAUGAUCUAAGAAGAAUUUAGAACUGCUGUUGACCUGAACUUUCAUUUCUAGAAAAUAUUUCCUUCAUUUCUAUUCCAGUAAAUGUACUUUUCCACAGAGAACUGCCAAAUAAAUUGUUUGAAACUUA